AUUUUAUCAUUAUCAAUGGCGUGUUCAUUUUCAUACCACAUGCAAACAAAAGUCAACCAACUUUUUUUCCCAUUUAAAGAUCCCUUCUCCUUCUAUAUCUUGGUGUUGAACAAUAUGAAAAGGGCCAACCAUCAAAUGUUGCGAGAGGCUGCACUAUUUUAUCUUGUGAUCUGUGUUGGUUUGCAGUUGAAAGUUGUUUGUUUUUUGCAGCCAAAUUCACUUCCAGAUGAAAGUUACCUUGGUUUCACCCACGAAGCCACUGAUUUCUUUCCGGCGGAAGAAUACGAUUAUAUCAUCGUCGGUGGAGGAACCGCAGGUUGCCCGUUAGCCGCCACUUUAUCGGAAAAGUAUUCUGUAUUACUACUUGAGCGCGGUGGUGUAGCUAGUUCGGACCCUGACAUCUUACAUGAAAAUAGAUCUUUAAACCCCCUUUUAUACGCAAAUCAUGAUGACUCCCCAGCUCAAAACUUUUUCUCUGAAGAUGGUGUGUUUAACACAAGAGGGAGGGUGCUGGGAGGUAGUAGCAUGAUCAAUUUUGGGUUUUAUUCCCGAGCUGAUGAUUAUUUUUACCAAAACUCGGGUAUUGAAUGGGAUAUGAGUGCGGUUAAAAGUGCCUACGAGUGGGUCGAAAACAGUAUUGUUACGCGUACAGAUCGUUUACGUAGGUGGCAAGCUUCUACUUAUAAUGCGUUUGUAGAAGCUGGAGUUGCACCGGACAAUGGGUUCAUACUGGACCAUGUUCAAGGCACCAAGAUUGGUGGUUCGACAUAUGAUGAUUCAGGGAGGCGACAUGGUGCAGUCGAGCUCAUAAGUAAAGCUAACCCGGAAAACUUAAGGGUAGUAAUUCAUGCAACUGUUGAUCGAGUCUUGUUCUCCAGCUCUAAUAAUUUAGCUGCUGUCGGUGUUAAAUACCAUGAUUCCAAAGGUACACAACAUGAAGUACAUGUAAAAAGAGGUGGAGAAGUAAUUCUGAGUGCCGGAGCUAUUGGGAGUCCACAACUUUUGCUACUAAGCGGAUUAGGGCCAGAGUCAUCGCUUUCGUCGCAGAAGAUUCCAGUUGUUCGUGACCUUCCAUUUGUUGGACAGUUCAUGGCUGAUAAUCCACGUAACGGGGUUAAUCUUCUAGUACCCGUCAGAUUACCAGAUGUAGGAGUUCGUGUGGCUGGGAUCACCGAGAUUGGCCCAUACGUCGAAUCUACCGCAGUCCCACGAGUUUCAUCUAUCAUACCUUUUAUACCUUUCUUAGAUUUGAUUCCACCUGUAAACUUAAGUGUGGUGGUAGUUGGAGGAAAGGUGUCAAGACCCAAAUCAACUGGCUCACUAAACUUAGCAUCAUCGGUCGAUGUCACAGUUAGCCCAAAAGUUCGGUUUAAUUAUUACUCGCGUACUGAAGACAUACUCCAAUGCGGAAAUCUUGUUGAAAUACUUAGAAAAGUUUUGGAAACUCAGGCUAUGGAAGAGUAUAAGUUUCCUAGCAUCCUUGUACCAAACUAUUUUGCUUAUAUUGGUCCAUCGUUACCCGAGGAUUCUUCUGACCAGGAGUCCAUCGCGAUUUUCUGUCGUAAAACAUUAUCGACAUUUUGGCAUAUGCAUGGUGGAUGCUUGGUGAACAAGGUAGUUGAUAGUCGUUUAAAAGUCAUUGGGGUCGAUUCUUUACGAGUUGUAGAUGCUUCUACGUUUUUUAACUCACCAGGAACUAAUCCUCAGGCAACCAUUAUGAUGUUAGGCCGAUAUAUUGGUGAGAAAAUACUAAAUGAGAGGGCAACAAUAUCUUUUUUUGAACAGCUAAAAACACACCAAACCUGCCCUUUACAGGAUUUGAACCCAUAACCACUUAGUGGAGACACACCAAUUUACUACCAAGCUUAUGAUGUAUCUCAUUUAUAUUCUAUAAUAUUCAUCUCUAAUAUUCAAUAAAUCAAUGUCACUUAAUUUUCUAUUUAUUUCGAGUUAGUUAGUCUAAAAGAAGUAGAUCUACGAUAUGGUCAACAUUGUAACAUUCAUUCUUGAGAAUAAGAUGUAUUUUAUUUAUAUUCUGUAA